AUGACGCUGCACUCGGUGCGCGGCGAGCAGCGCCACUGGGACCUGCUGCGCGUGCUGGGCCGCCGCACGGCCUUCCCCAGCGAGACGUCGGCCGUGGCGCUGGGCGAGUUCGACCUGGAGGCCGCGGCAGACACGCUCGAGUUCCUGCAGAGCGAGUGCCGCGUGCUCAUCAUCGGCGCCGGAGGGCUCGGGUGCGAGCUGCUGAAGGACGCCGUGCUCUCGGGCUUCACCAAGGUGGACAUCCUGGACAUGGACACGAUCGACGUGUCCAACUUGAACCGGCAGUUUUUAUUUCGCGGGGCCGACGUGGGCAAGUCCAAGGCCGAGUGCGCCGCCGCCUUCGUGCGCGCGCGCAUGGGGGACGCCCACGUGGACAUCACGCCGCACUUCAAGAAGGUGCAGGACAUGGACGCCGACUUCUACCGCCAGUUCCACGUCAUCCUCUCGGGGCUCGACAACAUCGAGGCCCGCCGCUACCUCAACUCGCUCGUGGUGUCGCUGGCCGAGGUGGGCGACGACGGCGAAGUGGACCCUUCCACCAUCAUCCCGCUCAUCGACGGCGGCACCGAGGGCCUGCGCGGCCAGGCGCGCGUCAUCAUCCCACGGAUCACGAGCUGCUUCGAGUGCUCGCUCGAGACGUUUCCGCCGCAGAAGAGCUUCCCCAUGUGCACGAUCGCCGAGACCCCGCGGCAGCCGGCGCACUGUGUCGCCUAUGCGUUCAUCGUGCUGUGGCCGCGCGAGUUCCCCGACAAGAAGCUGGACAAGGACUCGCCCGAGCACAUGCAGUGGGUCUACCAGGCCGCCAAGGACCGGGCCGAGCAGUUCGGCAUUGCCGGGGUCACGUACAGUCUCACGCUUGGAGUGGUGAAGAAUAUCAUCCCGGCCGUGGCCUCGACCAACGCUGUCGUGUCGGCCAUGUGCGUGAGCGAGGCGCUCAAGGCCAUGACGUACUGCAGUCGGCUAAUGAACAACUACCACAUGCACAUGGGCGCCACGGGCUGCUACUCGCACACGUUCCAGUACGACCGCAAGACCGACUGCGUCGUGUGCUCCUCGCAGCAGAAGACGCUGCAUGUGGAUCCAGACGCGACGACGCUGCAAAAGUUGAUCGACCAGCUCUGCGGCGACGAUUUCCGGCUGCUGAAGCCCUCCAUCAGCUCAGGCAAUGCGAACCUGUUCAUGCAGGGCCCGCCAGCACUGCGCGCGGCCACCAGCGCCAACCUGGCGAAGCCGCUGCGCGAGCUCGUGAAGGACGGAGAGAGUCUCACCAUUACAGACGCAGUCUUCGUCGGUGAUAUGGCGCUGUCUUUGAAUAUUAUCUUCAAGCCCAACAAGAUAAAGAACGGCCCGCAUGAGGUACGUGAUGUCCUCCUCGUCCGAACGCACGAACAUCUUGACAAACCGAGGCGGGACCGAUGGGCCGCCGAAGCCAGUCGGCACUAA